UCUAAACUUACCUCCGGAGAUUUCAUCGCUGGUCUAAGCGGCGAACUUCGCGCUUAACUUCAUUCGGCAAAACAACACGACAAAGAAUGCAGGUCUGACAUUCGAAACGUCAAAUUUUCGAAGAUUUAACCCGUGUGCUGUGCGCUUUCUGUGGUUCGGUGUUGUGGUGGUUCAAGAUUUGUCCGAAAAUAGAAUUUUCAAGAUGAUUUGUGUGGAAAAAACUAUGAGGAUUUUCUUUGUGUUCGUUUUGUUUGGAUUUGUCAACAAGAUCUCAUGUCAGCUAAUAGAUUCAGACUUCAUACCACAAGUAUCUGCAACAUGCAAGCAGGACCAUAUGAGCAUAAAAGUAGCAUUUAAUGGUAGUUUUAAUGGAGCUAUACAUGCUAGAGAUUUCAGGACACCAGCCUGUAUGACACAUGGAGAUGGUGGAAAACUAGUCACUCUUGAUAUUCACCUAUCUGCUGAACCAGGGUCUCCAGAUUAUUGUGGUCUUUUAGUGAAUAACAGGACAGAUGAACGCUCUAUCCCUAUAGCAGUCAGAAUCCACAAAACAUUAGAACUAGCCGACGACAAAUUCUACGUCAUAACGUGCGGUAAAGCCAGCUUCAAAAAUGCGAAAAACGAAACAUCUUCAGUAUCCCUCAAAAUCCUCGAUGGAACAAGGAAGGUAGCACAAACUGUUUUCUCUAAGGCGUACACGCUUAGAGCCGAAAUAUCUAGACCAGACGGUUUGCACGGGUUCAGAGUAAAGAACUGCAUCAUCUUCAACAAGUACAACACCAGUGCACCAUUAGUGGAUGAAUAUGGAUGUCCAGUUGAUAAGACAGUCAUCACGCCGUUCUCCUACAAUGACAAUAAAGGAUACGCCACUGCUGAGCUGAAGUCCAUGUUCAGGUUCUCUGAAGGAUCAGACGUACAUUUUCAGUGUGACAUAGGCCUUUGCAGAGGAAUAUGUCCAGAUCCCUCCUGCAAUGGCGGUCCAUCUAGGCCUAUAACAACCGAAGAAGGAGUCUUCAUGGCAUCUACCAGCGUUUUUGUCAUCGAUCCUGGCCAGGCUCCUUUGGUGUCAGAACUCUGUGAUGACGUCGGAGGAGUAAAACCUAACUGGCUUCUAUGGUUGUGCAUCACAUUGGGAGUUCUCUUCCUCAUCAUGCUCAUCAUCAACAUCUUCCUGUGCUCGGCUAUGACUUGCGCAUGCACCAGCACUGAGAUCAUAGACAAAGAGCCGAGCAUCAUAGAGGACUACGAUCCGUAUAGGUCGUGGCAUGGAAGUCAAUAUGGUUCAAGGUACUCGUUGAACGGACCUCCUCAACACCCCAAAGGCUACACCUCUGGCGGCUCGACUAUGAAUUCCGCCAGGUCCGUAUCUUCACACAGUGAUCACUACGCCAUCGUACAUUCCAGGCCCGGAUCUAGGUACAAGAACAGGGGGCCCCCUUCACACGUAGGAAGCCACUAUAGUGGAAAAUAACGAAUUAACACGAAAAUAACCGAGAGACUCGAAAUUAAUCAGUGCCGAGAAGAGAAUUCAUUUCCGUUCCGAAAAAAAGUGUAAAUUUAGGAUGAACUGGAGAAGUUCCUUUGAGAGAAAUUCAAAGAAACUCGCAAACUGAGUGACUUGGAAUGGAAAUGAGACCAUCUAGCGAAUUGUGAUCAAACAACCAUUCCUUUUUGUUGAAAUUGGAAGAGGCUUAUAAUCAUUCAUUAUAUUUAUUGUUGAUGAGAGACUGUUUACUGUCGACCAUCCUGUUCGCUAAACAUUUAUUUUUACCGUGCAAUACUUAAGACUAAUCUAACCAUAACUCUUCCUUUGCUUGUAAAAUUCAAUAUCUGUUGGGGAUAAAUACUGUUUUCUUUGAUAUCUUCAACCUUCUCUACCUUUUUGUUAUGUUCAUAUGUGCUACUGUAUUUUACAUCACCCACGAAUUACUACUUUUGUUGAAUUGAAUGAAGUUGAAGUGUGAAAACUUUGAAUUUACUCUAUAGUGUUUUUGUAAAGAAAUAAAUUGUACAUAAUGUU